CAGGCAGAGAUGGGGCACACAUGCCGUGGGACGAUCAACCUCGCCACGGCCAACAUCACAGUGGAGGACUCAUGCAAUUUCAUCAUCUCCAAUGGGGGAGCCCAGACUUACCACCUAAAGGCCAGUUCGGAGGUUGAGAGGCAGCGCUGGAUCACGGCCCUGGAGUUGGCCAAAGCCAAGGCUGUCAAGAUGCAAGCUGAAUCAGAUGACUCUGCUGAUGAGGAGCCGGCCUCUCAGACGGAUAAGACAGAAGUGCAGAACACGUUGAGGACCCUUACUAGCAAGGUGGAGGACCUAUCGACGUGCAACGACCUCAUCGCGAAGCAUGGCACGGCCUUGCAGCGUUCGCUCAGCGAGCUGGAGAACCUCAAGCUGCCUCCGGAGAGCUCUGAGAAAAUCAAGCAAGUCAACGAACGAGCUACGCUCUUCCGAAUCACCUCCAACGCCAUGAUCAAUGCUUGUCGUGACUUCCUGCUCCUGGCCCAGACUCACAGUAAGAAAUGGCAGAAAGCGCUGCAGCAUGAGCGGGAGCAGCGGAUCCGGCUGGAGGAGACCCUGGAACAGCUGGCCAAGCAGCACAACAACCUGGAGCGAGCGUUCCGCGGAGCUACGGUCCUGCCGCCCUGCAGCACGCUCAGUGUCGGCUCUGUCAAAGGGAGCACCAGUAGCCGGGAUCUGAGUGAUGAGGACGACGAGAAUGAAUUCUUUGACGCGAUGGAGGAUGUGGCGGAGUUUAUCACUGUCCAGGCCGAUUCGCGGUACCACAGGCGGACGGGCAGCAAUAUCAGUGGAGCCAGCAGUGAGGGAGCAUUCGAGGAUCAAUUGUUAGAUGAGCAGAUGUCCAGCAGCAACACUAGCUCCAGCACCAGCGCCGUCGAACUGGUGAGCAAAGAGCCAGCAACCAAGCGGAACCGGAGGACCAGCAUCCCUGACAAGCCCAACUACAGCCUCAACCUCUGGAGUAUCAUGAAGAACUGCAUCGGCAAGGAGCUGUCUAAAAUCCCCAUGCCCGUUAACUUCAACGAACCCCUGUCGAUGCUGCAGCGACUAACGGAGGACCUGGAGUAUCACGAGCUCCUGGACAAAGCCUCCAAGUGCGAGAAUGCCUUAGAGCAGCUGUGCUACGUGGCUGCCUUCACAGUGUCCUCAUACUCCACCACCGUCUUCCGAACGGGAAAGCCUUUCAACCCUUUGCUUGGGGAGACCUUCGAAUUGGACCGGCUGGAAGAUGAAGGCUUCAGGUCGAUCUGCGAGCAGGUCAGUCACCACCCUCCGGCUGCUGCACAUCAUGUAGAUUCCAAGUAUGGCUGGACAUUGAGGCAAGAGAUAGCUAUCGCUAGCAAAUUCAGGGGAAAGUAUCUCUCCAUCAUGCCCCUGGGCACCAUCCAUUGCACCUUCCAUCAAAGCGGCAACCAUUAUACGUGGAAAAAAGUCACCACCACAGUGCACAACAUCAUAGUGGGCAAGUUGUGGAUCGACCAGAGUGGAGAAGUUGACAUCAUCAACAGGAAGACAAGGGACAAGUGCCACUUGAAGUUUGCACCUUACAGCUAUUUCUCUCGGGAUGUGGCAAGGAAGGUCACCGGCGUUGUCACAGACAGCAUGGGGAAAGCUCACUUCAUUCUUUCUGGGACGUGGGACGAAAAGAUGGAAUACUCGCGGGUCCUGCACAGCAGCAAAGGAGAGAACAGUGUGGAGGGGAGGCAGAAGACUGUGUACGAGACUCUGCGAGGGAAGGAGCUCUGGAGAAGGCACAAAGCACCGGAACGUGCGGAAUCCAUGUACUACUUCUCAGAGCUCGCCCUGACCCUAAAUGAGCUGGAGGAGGGGGUGGCCCCCACCGACAGUCGCUUACGGCCGGACCAGAGGCUGAUGGAGAACGGCAGGUGGGACGAGGCCAACAUGGAGAAGCAGCGACUGGAGGAGAAACAGCGCGCUGUGCGACGCAAGCGAGAGUCAGACAUCAACAAGAUGUCAGAUGGGCAAACGCACUCCAUGGACGCAUCCUAUCGGCCUCUGUGGUUCGAGAAAAGGGAGGACCCUUACACCAAAGAGCUGGUGCAUCUCUACAAGGGUGGAUACUGGGAGGCGAAAGAGAAGCAAGACUGGCACCUGUGCCCGGAUAUCUUCUGAAGUCCAGUGCCUGCUGCUGCCUGGUGCUGGGUUUGUGUGUGCGUUUUGUGUGUGUGCGCGUGAGAGAGUGGGCGACUGUGCUGGACUCUGGACUCGGACUGAGCGAUCGCUUCUGUCUGUCAUGGCCCUGAUGCGAGGGAUCCAGCGGGAAGAGCCCGACAAGUGAGGCGGGCAGGGGCAUCAGUUGCUCACCCCUACUGUCUGUCUUCCCCCCCCCCAACUACUCCCCCCCCCCCCCCACCCAAACUUUACCCUCUCACUUCACCACCCUCUUCUCUCCAGGGUGAAGAUACUCAGCCUACAGUCAACCCAGUUGUAAAAACAAAAUGGCACCUAGUAAUAUUGUAUAAAGCAAAAGUCAAAUCUGUCAACACAUCCGCCUUUCUUUGCAGACUUGUUCCCUAGCCUCAUCAGCACUUGCGGGCGGAGGUGUGAGGUGAAGGGGCUGGAUGUCUGCGCAGGGAAUAGGAGGGUGUGUGUGUGUUUGUGUGUGUGUUCUGCCAUUCCUAAGGUGCAGCAGGAAGGGUGGCACUUCCGCUGGCACUGAGUGGAGUUGGUCUUUACCCAGUAGGGGGGUGGGGUUUAGGGCAGCUUCUGGAUGAGGGACACUUGUUUGACUGCGUGUUGGGGCUGGGCGGGGUGGGGGGGGGGGUGCUCUUUUUGUUUUAAAGUGCAAAGUGACCCAUCCCAUCAGAAUCACAAGAGGCAGACCUCCCAGGCUUGCGAUUGGGGGGUGGGGGGGAGGCUACUCCUGGUUUUCACUGCUCAGGUGAUGAACGGGAGUAGGGUUUUUAUUUGUUGGCGUUUUGAACAUCUGGAUCUAGUAAGAGGAGAGUGUUCAAGGCGGGGAGGGGGUUAAUGCGGGACAGAUGGUGGGAACGGAAGGUGAUCGCUGUUAGCUCCAUGUAAUGCCUGGCAGGUCAGUGCAGAGGAGCCAAAUUCUCACACCCCACCCCCACCUCACCCCUCCCCUGCCCCUGCUACCUUAGAAGCUGUGCUCCUCUGACCCAGCUCACCAGAGUGUGGGUUGACGGUGCAGUGGAUACCGUCCCCCACCUCACCCCCAGCAGUUGGCCGUCGCUCAGUGAUCGGCAUGGCCCCCUGCCCUUGAUUUCAGAGGCUGAAAGCCCUUUAGCCGCAGAGCCAGGCUGGCCAUUCUCUGGGUGCUCCCACGUUGAGGGAGCAGCGCAGGGCCGAUGUAGGGGGUGGUCUUACAGAACUCGGAGCGCCACUCUAGCGGGCGCGCCGGUCUUUCGGGGGUGAGAUGCUAAAACGGGUGCCCCCUUCCACCCUGUCCUCGGGGAUGUUAAAGAUUCUGCAGCCACCAGUCUGAAGAGAAAGGAGGGGGCGGGGGUGUGGAAAGGGUGAUUUCUCAUCCCCCACCGCUCUGUUCCACCCCCGGGGGCCUGGGUUCCACUGUCUUAGCUGUCAACCAACCAACAUCACACGAGAAGCAAAACGCAGAUGAUUCCGGUCAUUUUAUUACAUUUGCAGUUUGUGGGAUCUUGCUGUGCGUGAACUGGCUGCCGCGUUUCCUACACUACAACACUGACUACGUUUCAAUAAAGUAAUUCGUUGCCUGUAAAACGCUCCAGGGGCAUCCUGAGCCGGUGAAAAGGUGCUGCCGUGUAAA